UCAAAUGCAUUCGGGGAAAUUGAAAGAUUAACUUUGACAAAAUAUGAUGAUUGUAGUUUGUUCUUCUGUUUCACCACAACUUAGAAAAUUCAAUUUCAGAGAUCUAAGGAAGUUGUUGGAGCUCCGCCCCGCUCCCUUUGUCCCAGUUCAGUGAGACCUAAAUCAGAGUUCAGUGAGGUUUUCAGGUCUGUGUGAGCUGAACGGUGGAGCCAACAAGUAGUCGAGCUGUCAGUUAGUUACUACCAUGAUGUACAGACAUCUUCUCCCGUUGGUAGCUUUGAUACUAAGCGGGUCUGAAAUGACUCUCAGUGGUAACAUACUGGUUCUUCCUGGUGAAUACAGCCACUGGUACAACAUGCGCGUAAUCGUGGAUGAGCUGGUCGCUCGGAAUCACAGUGUGACUGUUCUGGUUCACUCAGCGUCAUCUUCGAUCAACUACACGCAAAAGGAGAACUUCAAAUACAUUGUUUUUAAGAUCAGCGUGGAAAAAGAAGAUGCAGAGAACAUGUGGCAGAAUCAUAUUAACGUUUGGAUCAACGAGGCUGUCCCUGGGGUUCGGACUUUGUUGUUGUUUUGGAACGUAAUGUCUGAAAUUCAGAGUUAUCUCUUAUCAAUAUGUGACGGGAUGCUGCUCAAUCAGGAGCUCAUAGCUUCACUCAGGGAGUCACACUUUGAUGUCCUGCUGUACGAUCCUUUGAUGCCAUGCAGUGAUCUGUUGGCAGAGACCCUCGGCCUCCCCCAGGUGAUGUCUAGUAGACUGUCUGUGGCAUACAGUUUGGAGAGACUGUGCGGUCAGUUGCCGACACCACCGUCGUAUGUGCCCGCUGUUGCUGCCCAAGGACAUCUCACUGACCACAUGAACUUCAUAGAGCGGGUAGAGAAUGUGCUGUUGUAUGUUGUGCUCACAGUAGUGUACAAGCAGCAGAUGAUAACAUUUGAUAAACAUUACACCAAAAUAACAGGCAAACCCACAACAAUUUGUGACACUUUGGGAAAAGCAGACAUCUGGUUAAUCAGAACAUACUGGGACUUUGAGUAUCCACGACCACUCCUGCCGAACUUCAAAUUUGUCGGGGGGCUGCACUGCAAGCCUGCAAAGCCACUUCCAAGAGAGAUGGAGGAGUUUGUUCAGAGCUCAGGGGAUGAUGGAAUUGUGGUGUUUUCCCUGGGCUCCAUGGUGAAGAACGUCACCAAAGAGAGAGCCAACACCAUCGCUUCAGCACUCGGGCAGAUCCCACAAAAGGUCUUGUGGAGGUAUAAGGGAGAGAAACCAGACACUCUUGCUCCAAACACAAGACUCUAUGACUGGAUUCCCCAGAAUGAUUUACUAGGACAUCCUAAAACCAAGGCCUUCAUCACUCAUGGUGGGACUAAUGGAAUUUAUGAAGCUAUUUAUCAUGGUGUCCCAAUAGUGGGCAUUCCACUGUUUGGUGACCAGCCAGACAAUCUGUUCCACAUGAAAAGCAAAGGAGCCGCUGUUAUGCUUGAAUUGAACAAAAUGGAGACCAAAGACCUGAAGGACGCUCUCACCGAAGUUAUUAACAAUCCGUCGUACAAAGAGAGCAUCAUGAGGCUUUCCCGAAUCCACCAUGAUCAGCCGAUGAAGCCGCUGGACCAGGCUGUCUUCUGGAUCGAGUUUGUGAUGCACAACAAGGGGGCCAAGCACCUGAGGGUGGCCGCCCAUGACCUCACUUGGUACCAGUACCACUGCCUGGACGUCGCUGCCUUUUUGCUGUCCAUAGUCGCUCUGGUCACGUUCAUCUUUGUGAAAUCGUGUGCUUGGCUCUUCCGUAAAUGUUGCAGGAGGACCUCAGCAAAGAGCAAAAAAGAGUGAAGAACUGAAUGAACAUCACUGUGUUAAUGACUACUAUGAUAUUUUCACAUGAGUCUAAUGUUUUCAAAAUACAAAAAUAAAACAAAUAAGUGACAUUU